AUGUGGCGUCACCUUUUACUCGCUUUGACUCCAUAUUACUCCCCUAAUUCCCUUUCAGAGAGCUCUUUUCUGAUUCAGUCAAUCGCCAUACUUUGUUUUGUCUCUACUGGUCCUUGCUCUGAACGCAUGUUUACUAGUCUUAGCCCGCACCAUUCUAUGGCCUAUAGCUUGUAUUGCUGCCCACUUUUCCUGUUAGGAAAAUCAUAUAUACCCUCCGGUAACCCAACUUGUCCUUUAAAAUGGCCCGAACGUGUUUACGUGGUUCUGGGCUUCUUUCCUACUGCUCAAAAGCCGAUUGUCAAUUAUUCCAAGGCUCGAUUCGGUCGGUUGAGAAAAUACCAUUCAAUCGUGGUGAUUCACCCCAGAUUGGCGAACGCUAUGUACGUGGAGUCAUUAAAAUUGACCCAAGUUGAGUCGCUUAGGUUCUCAUUCCCCACCGAUGUUUACUUUGUGUUCUACCUCCUUACCUCUAGGUCGAUGUUCUGCACAAACCUUGUCCGAGAAGCCUAUAUGCUUCUCAUUGUUUGGCCUGUUUAG